AUGGCAUUAGCAUCACAUAUUCUUACUCAUUCUCUCUUUCUUCUCAUCUCACUGAUCCGACCACAAGUUCCUCCAUUAGAGCAGCUCAAAUUCCUAAAUCAUGGCCACUUCGGAGACUCCAAAGUGGAGUACAACGCAAGUUACAGAGACAUAGGUGUCAUCCGUAAUCACUUCCGUCUAUGUUUCUUUUGAUCUUUACCACGCCAAAUGCAUACACUCGCCAUAGGUAUGGGAACAGGAAGUCCCGACUCCAUCAUCCGUUGGGUUUGGCAAGCUAACCCACAACAUCCAGUCCACGAAGAGGCUUCUCUUUCCUUCGGACCAGAGGGGAAUCUUGUUCUGUCUCAGCCAGAUGGUAGAGUCAUCUGGUAGACAAACAAAAAAGGCGUUAUUGUCUUAAUCAUGAACGAGAACGGUAAUCUUGUGUUGUUUGAUGAUGGGGGAUGGCCUGUGUGGCAGAGUUUUGAUUUUCUGACCGAUACGCUCUUGGUUGGCCAGUCACUUGAUCGCUUGAACAAGCUUGUAAGCCGCGACAAUGGGUCAUAUACUCUUACCUUGGAACCUAACCGGCUCGUUCUAAGUCAUUUAAUCCCUAGGAGUAGUAACAACAGAACCGUUGUUUAUUACGUUAUAGAAGGUCGGUUUAUUCCAAGCACGACAUUCUACGCAGUUAAAGCAGGAACAGCGACUCAGUUGGGCCUAGCCACUCCUGGUCUUAGGCCCAAGUUUCUCGCUCGGGCUAGGUGUAAUGCCUCGCAAAGUUUCCUCAGACUUGACGCUGAUGGAAACCUUAGGAUCUACUACACUUUUGACUUCAAGGUUAGUUUUCUUGCGUGGGAAGUAACGUUUGAGCUCUUAAGUAGAAGCAACGAGUGUUGGUUACCGUCAAAAUGCGGAGAGUUUGGGCUUUGUGAGCAUAAUCAGUGUAUGGCUUCUCCAUCGGGUAUGGGCAUAUUGGGAUGGAGUAAAGCUUUUAAGUUCAAGAACAGUGUUGAUCCAGAGACGUUUCAUUAUUAUAGACUUGGAGGUGUUGAUCAUUUCAUGACCAAGUAUGACGUUGGUCUUGCUGUUGGAGAGCGCAAGUGUCGUGGUUUAUGUAGUGUGGACUGUAGAUGUUUGGGGUAUUUUUACGAUAAGAGUAGGUUUAACUGCUGGAUUAGCUAUGAGCUUGGGACUUUGGUUAAAGUGUCUGACUCUAAGAAAGUGGCUUAUAUCAAAACCCGUAAUGUUUGAUCAGCAUCAACUGUUAAACCUAUGUUAAUUAUCAAAUUAGUGGGGAUAUAAUCUUGUAAACCAAUGCUUUAAUGUUGCUGUGAGAAAGCAUAUGUAUCCAUUGUCUACCUAUUGAACUCAGGGUUGCUACACCAUUCAUUUUUUCACAACUUCAAAACUUUUCUGACGUUAAUAUUAACAUUCAUAGAGACCAAAAAACCUCUACUACGCUUAUGACUUAUCAUCACACGUACCUCACAACAAUAACGGUUUACAUAAUUUAUAUUAAACCCAUGCACGUACCUAUAUGAUUCAUAUCUUUGCAACCCUUUCAUGCAAAUCUCAAUAAACUGUACUUCUUAACGUUUGAACACGAAUUUUUUUA